AUGGCUAACGCCCUAGAAGAUACCAUUGCUCAGAGUCUGGAGUGUUCUAUAUGUUUCUCUACCUACACUGAUCCAAAGAUCCUGUCUUGUUCUCACACCUACUGCAAAGCCUGCAUAGACAAGCUCUUGAAAUACCAUAAAAAUAAACAGAGGAUACGGUGCCCUGUCUGCAGAGCUGAAACCAACGUCCCAAACCAAAAUGUCAGCAAGCUACCAACAAAUCUAGCUUUAAGGAAUCUUAUUGAGGACAUGAAGAAACAACACCAGCUUUGCACGAAUUGUAAAUCCGAUGAUAAUCCCCAUGCUGAGGUCUACUGCCAAGACUGUGGCAAGUACCUCUGUACCUCUUGUCACAACAAACACACUCAGUGCAAAGACUUUAAAAGACAUGAAGUCAUAGCCAUGAAUGAGAUCUCAUCAGGGAAGGUAUCAGUGCGUAAAUUCAAAAAAUGCAGAGAACAUUCAAAGGAAGAUGAGGAGUGCUUCUGUUCAAGCUGUAGAGAAUUUGUAUGCUUCAGGUGCGUUGUUGCUGAUCAUGCGGGGGAAAGACAUCAUCAGAUCAUCAGGCCAGAUGCUUACGAGCGCAGCCAUGAAGAGCGUAUGAACGACCUGGAGUCUAAAGUUGACCACAAGAGUUCUUGCUUACAGAAGUAUGUUAAUUUCAUUGAUGGUGAGAAGGUACGUGUGAGGAAAGCUAAGAAGCAGUGUGUAGACAAAAUCACUGAAGCAUAUGACGCCUUAGUCUUGCAGUUGACAGAAAAUAAAAACAAUGUAAUUGAUGAAGUCAAUGGUAGGGCUAAAUGUGUAGAUAAAGAUCUGGACAAAAUGAAAAAAUCUGUAUUAGAGAACAUCAUUGACUUGACCACCAUAGCUGGCAUGGCCAUGAAUAGAAAAAAGGUGCCAUUUGAUAUCGAUUCUUUGGCUGUACACGAAACUUUAUGUGAAGACUUAAGAGAGGUCCUCAAUGAGGAAGAUCCUGACUACGAGAAGCCGAGAAAAUCAAGCAAAGAGGUCAAAAGUGUCAGCUUUGAGAGGAACGUUGAAAAUGACAAGCUAGAACUUGGUAAGAUUGUUAAUGUUCCUGGAGUUCACAUUGUUUUGCCCAGAAACAAUAGUAUGAAUACAAUGGUUUGUACACCAGACGGGAGAAUGGCAGUGGGAAGUUCGGCGGGCGGCACGGAUAUCAUCUCUGCCGAUGGUCAACUCCAGAAGACAGUUCUCAAAGAUGUAAUUAACAUUAGUGGAUUAGAAUUCCUUUCUGAUGGUAGAUGUGUUGUACUCGAUGAUUUAAACACCAUCACAUUGUACACACCAGAGUACACAAAGAUGAAUUUAGCAUUCAAUACUAUUGGUGUUGAUGAAGGUGAAAUCGCUGACCUUACCGUUGACAGUGAUGAUCGGAUCUAUGUAAGCUACAGAAAAGCCAAGAAGAUCCAUGUGUUUUCAUCAGAGGGGACUUUAGAAGCAAAGAUACCAUGCCAUGGAUAUGAACCUCAUCAAAUCAGAAGUUACAAUGAUUCACUAAUCAUUUCAUCAUAUUUCUUCUGCAGAGUGGGAUUAAUAACUGAUAAACAAUGUGUUGUGAAACAUACAUUAAAGUCAUCUCUUGAAGGACUGUACCCUGCUGUAUCUCAGCGGAAUACAAUCCUGAUCGCCAAAGUGAAUCACGAUAAGGGUUUGGUAAGCAUUGGUGAGUACACCAACGGGCUGAAGCGUAUUGAGAACCUCGUUGAUAAUUGUAAUAUCCAGAAGCCUGAGAGAGAUUGGUAUUGUCUUCAGCAAUAUCUGUCUGGAGAGAUCGCUUUCUGCACCCCUGAUAAAUUAUAUAUAUUCUACUGA